AUGGCUCCCGGCUUGAUCACCCCCACUACAUCCACGUCGGAUGUGGACCUCACCUCCAAGGCCAUCGAGCACAAGCUGGAGAAGAUCAACGCUCCCUCCAAGCUGGCCGAGCUGGACGCCUCCAAGCUCACCUACACCCUCACCAAGAACCCACGCCCCGUCCCUGAUGAGGCAACAGCCUACGCCGGCACAGAGACAAUAUGCUCCGACCACAUGAUCACCGCGACCUGGUCCGCAUCCAACGGCUGGGCCGCCCCUGAGCUCAAGCCCUACGGGCCCCUGAGCCUGAUGCCGACGGCUUCGUGCCUGCACUACGCGACCGAGUGCUUCGAGGGCCUCAAGGCCUACCGGGGCUUCGACGGCAAGUUGAGGCUCUUCCGGCCCGACUGCAACGCCCAGCGGUUCCUCAUGUCCAGCACGCGGAUCAGCCUCCCCGGGUUCCCGCCCGCCGAGCUGGAGCGCCUCAUCCUGGCGCUCAUGGAGGUCGACGGGCCCAAGUGGCUGCCGCGCGACCGCCCGGGGAGCUUCCUGUACAUCCGCCCCGCCAUGAUCGGCACGCAGCCGCAGCUCGGCGUCGGGGCGCCCAAGGAGGCCCUGCUGUUCAUCACCGUCUCCUUCAUGCCGCGCAUGGACGAGCCCCUGGGCGGCAUGAAGCUGCACACCAACCCGGAGGACAUGGUGCGCGCGUGGGUCGGCGGCUUCGGCUACGCCAAGCUGGGCGCCAACUACGGGCCCAGCCUGCUCGCCACCCAGGAGGCGAGGAACAGGGGCUACGGCCAGAUCCUGUGGCUGUACGGGUCCGAGGGCUACUGCACCGAGGCUGGUGCGUCCAACUUCUUCGUCGUGAUGAAAUGCAAGGAGACCGGCAGGACGCAGCUGAUCACGGCGCCGCUGGACGACAGGCUCAUCCUCGACGGCGUCACGAGGAGGAGCAUCUUGCAGCUUGUGCGAGAGAGGCUGGGCGAUGAGGUGGACGUCGUGGAGAGAAAGUACACGAUCGACGAGGUCCUCGAGGCGGAUAGCGAGGGACGGAUGAUGGAGUCAUUCGCGGCGGGCACAGCAUUCUUCGUCUGCCCCGUUUCUCUGAUCCACCAUAGAGGAAAGGAUAUUGGGUUUGGUAUGGGCGGUGGUGAGGGAGGGAAAUAUACCCUGAUCAUCAAGAAGUGGAUGAAAGACAUCAUGUAUGGCGGGGAUGAUCAUGCAUGGGGUGUCGUUGUGAAAGAGGAGGUUUAA